AUGGCUGACAGGGAGGAGUCACCGAAUUCACGAAGAUGUUGCAAUUGUGCGUGGAUAGUGACCACUAUUGAAGGAUACGUGAAACUCAUCGAGACGGUAACGACUUUCUUAGCGGCUGUUCUUACGCUUAGCUAUGAGUUCUAUGGCUACAAGUCAGAAUACAAAUAUCAAGUCGGCGUAGCCACCUGCGCGUUCGUCUUCGUGGUCCUGUACAUCAUUUUCAGAAGCUUACGAUGCUUCGAGAAGGUUCCACCGCUGCUUGGAAUGAUCGGAUGUUUUCUCCUCUCGGUUGCCUUAGUUGCUGGCUCUGGAAUUGUAUACCAUGAUGGCAACAUCUAUGUGAAAGGGGAUGUAAUGAUUGGAUCAGGCAUUUGUGGCUUCAUAGCUGCUAGUUUGUUCUUCUGUGAAGCGAUUUAUUAUCUCUUUGCCCUCGUUUGUUGCCGAUCACCUCCACGUCAUGAUGAUGGAGAGAAUCUAAUUACAUGA